AAUUACAAGUUACGUAAUAUAAGAUUUUAUUGUCAUUUAAGCUAAAGCGGAAAUGACAAGCAGGUGUUUUCUAAAUAAUUGAGUUAAUCGGGUAUCUGAUUGGUCAAUAAAAUGUAAAUACGCCAUUCACCAAUCAAAGUUAAAAACCGAAAACCCGUAUGACCUCCUGACCCUUGUUGGUCACGUGACUUAAUUUCCCGCCGUUUUAAAACCUCAUUGUACACAACAGGCUUUCAUUCCAAUUUUUCAACUCUAAAUUUAUAAGUACAUUUUACAAGAUGCCUCCCCGAGAUUAUACCGAAGAAAAGAACAAAAUUAGUACUUUUUUGAGAGAAUUUUACACAGACAGCAAAGAUGGAGGAAAAGACUUUGUGUAUGGUCAACAAUUGACAAAAAUUGCCCACAGAGAACAAGUUGCAUUAACUAUUGAUCUUGACCAUGUAUUUGAACAUGAUCCAGAUUUAGCAGAGGCAGUUGUAGAAAAUGCUCGGCGAUAUGUAACCCUUUUUGCUGAUUCUGUUUCUGAUAUUUUACCAGAUUAUAAAGAAAGGGAGGUUGUUUAUAAAGAUUCACUAGAUGUAUAUAUUGAGCAUAGAUUGUUGAUGGAGACAAGAAAUCACCCUGAUGGACCAGAAAUAACUAGAGAUCCCAAAAAUAAAUAUCCCUCAGAAUUAAUGAGACGAUAUGAAGUGUAUUUUAAAGCUGUAUCUAAUCAGAAACAUGUAGCUAUACGAGAUGUAAAAGCUGAGAAUAUUGGUGAAUUAUGUUGUGUUAAGGGUAUUGUUACCAGAGCUACAGAAGUUAAACCUAUGAUGGUUGUUGCUACUUAUACUUGUGAUAUAUGUGGCAAUGAAACAUACCAACCGAUUAACUCACCAUCUUUCAUGCCGUUGAUAAUGUGUCCAAGUCAAGAUUGUACAACUAAUAAAUCUGGUGGACGUUUAUAUCUACAAACUAGAGGUUCAAAGUUCGUCAAAUUCCAGGAAAUCAAAAUCCAGGAACAUAGUGAUCAAGUUCCGGUAGGAAAUAUACCAAGAAGUAUGACAUUAUUUUGUCGUGGUGAAACAACCCGUCUAGUCCAACCUGGUGAUCAUGUCAGUGUUACUGGUAUUUUUAUGCCAAUGUUAAAAACAGGCUUCCAAGGAAUGGCACAAGGACUUUUAUCUGAUACUUAUCUAGACUCACAUAGAUUGAUUAAAAUGAACAAAACUGAAGAUGAUGAACUGGAAGCUGCUGAAUUAACAGAAGAAGAACUCAAACAGUUAGCAGAGGACGAUUUCUAUGAUAAAUUAGCUAGUAGUAUAGCACCUGAAAUCUAUGGACAUGAAGAUGUGAAGAAAGCUCUGUUGUUAUUGUUAGUUGGUGGUGUAGAUAAAUCACCUAGAGGCAUGAAAAUAAGAGGGAAUAUUAAUAUCUGUUUAAUGGGAGAUCCUGGUGUGGCUAAAAGUCAACUGUUAUCUUAUAUUGAUAGAUUAGCACCUAGAAGUCAGUAUACAACAGGUCGAGGUUCAUCAGGAGUAGGAUUAACAGCAGCUGUAAUGAAAGAUCCUCUAACAGGAGAGAUGACAUUAGAGGGAGGUGCAUUAGUAUUAGCUGAUCAAGGUGUUUGUUGUAUUGAUGAGUUUGAUAAAAUGAUGGACGGUGAUAGAACAGCUAUACAUGAAGUAAUGGAACAACAGACUAUUUCUAUUGCUAAGGCUGGUAUUAUGACAAGUUUAAAUGCUAGAGUAUCGAUCUUAGCUGCAGCUAAUCCAGCUUAUGGUAGAUAUAAUCCAAAAAAAACUGUAGAACAGAACAUCCAGUUACCUGCUGCUUUGUUAUCUAGGUUUGAUCUUCUCUGGUUAAUCCAAGAUAAAGCAGAUAGAGAAAAUGAUUUAAGAUUGGCUCAGCAUAUUACCUAUGUACAUCAACACAAUGUACAUCCACCAUGUCAGUUUACACCACUUGAUAUGAAACUUAUGAGACGAUAUAUUGCUCUAUGUAAGAAGAAACAACCCACAGUACCUGAAGGGUUAGCUGAAUAUAUAACUAGUGCUUAUGUUGAGAUGAGAAAAGAAGCUAGAAAUAAUAAAGAUAUGACUUUCACUAGUGCUAGAAACUUGUUGGCUGUAUUACGUCUUUCUACAGCUCUUGCUAGAUUGAGAUUAGCAGAUGCUGUAGAGAAGGAAGAUGUUAAUGAAUCUAUGAGAUUAAUGGAGAUGUCACGAGACACACUUAAUUCACAAACUGACUUAACAAAAAGACCACAGAAUAUUACAGAUCAGAUAUUUGCUGUUAUACGUGAGAUGGCACCAGAUAAGGGAGUUAAAUCAGUAAAGAUAGCUGAUAUAAUGGAACAGUGUACAUCUAAAGGCUAUAAACCAGAUGCUGUAGAUGAAUGUAUUGAAGAAUAUGAAGAAUUAAAUGUAUGGCAAGUCAAUCAGGCUCGAUCCAAAUUAACAUUUGUCUAAAUGCCCAGUGCUACGAGGAAGGACUGGAUUGAGAUUGUGUUUUUUCAAUAUUGUAAAUAGAACAAAAUAUACUAUUAUAUAUGUAAAUAUAAAUCAUGAUUUCUUGUAGAAUAUCUUAUAAUGGAACUUCUAGAUGUAUGUUAAAUUGUUAGGUUAUAUUAAAACAACGAUAAACAAGUGUAAUUCUAUCAAGGUUUGUUUCUUUAAUUAUUGCAUAGUUGUACUUCUAAGUUGUGUUUUAUCCAAAAGCUUUCUUAAGUUACAGUACUUCAAGGAUAUCUGUUUGCACAUUUUUAGUUUUUCUAUUAAAAUUAACUGUUCCGAUAGUUCUUAAACUAUUUUGUGUAUAAAUACAUUGUACACAUUUGUUAUGUAACAGAUUGUCCAAUAUUGUUCUCUAGAUUGUUUACAAUGGUCUACUGUUCUAAGUGCUAUCUUUUCAUCAUUUAUAUUUUUAUAUCUGAUAAACUGGUGUUUUAAUCAUGAUCAUAUUUCCAUGUCUCCAUUUAGCCUCUGUGUUCAAAAUGCAAUUACUGCCUUAUUUUAAGAUUAAUCUUGUUGACAAACUGUAUUAUAUGCAUCAUGUUUUUAUUUUUAUGUAAUUAAAAUGGUUUUAUUGAC